AUGGAUGAAAGUGAGAUAAAUGAUCCGAACCAGGAUCGUUUCCGCUCAGUUCUACGUGAGUUGUUUUAAAAAUAUGUAUUUUUGAAAAAUAGAUGAUUGUAAAUAAAUCCUUUUCACUUUCAGUCCACGAGCCGAUGGACAAUUUGACUGAAUUGUUGUUCAAAAAUUAUGAUAAAGAACGAGCACCAUUGUCUGGUGAGUUGAAUUCGAGUUAAUGAAACAUGAUCGAAAUCUCACAUUCAGAUAGUGAUCUACAUCAGAAAUGGAUAUAUUAUAUUAAUGUGUUGCGAUUCAAAAUUAUUGAUGUUGAUGAGCCGAAAGAACAGGUUACCUUGGUCACAGAAAUUAUGCAAGUGAGUUUCUUUUAAAUGGGCCGGCAACCUAGCUCAACUCGGAAAUUUCAGCAAUGGUCGGACAUUCGAUUAUUGUGGGACCCGACAAGCAAAAAUAACAUCAGUGUAUUGUAUUUCCGACUUGAGAAAGUUUGGUCACCGCCAGUCACUGUAUUCUACGCGUAUGUUUUCACAAUUCUACCUCCGAUUAACCUGGGAAAAGCAAAAUUGAUGUUUUCAGCAGUGAAUUGGUCGAACAUCGCGAUCAGAACUAUCGCAUGGUCAGUUUGUCGCCAGGUUUUCUCACCGCAUAUGUUCCAAUGAAAAUCACAACCAACUGCAAGCUGAAUUUGCUCGAUUUUCCCUUCGACACUCAAAUUUGUGAAAUUCGUAUCGGCAUACCUUCAAUUGAUUCCUCUCUUUACGAUAUCAGUAUAUCUGAUCCUGAGGAGUUGCGAAACAAUAUGUGCGGUCUGGGAAACUCUGUUUGGGAUCUUAUCAACAUCACGUCUGGUUUAGAACCGAUGGAGAGUUUCUGUGAUUGUUUUAACGAUACAAAAUUGGCAGUUGUGAGAUUCCAGUUGAAACGAAAUCCAACAUACUACUUAUAUAUGAUUAUUCUUCCAACUUUCAUUAUCAAUACGAUAUCAAUCUCGGGAGUUUUUAUGAAAAACACCGAAAAAAUGGACAGGGUAAGAAGAUAAACCCUAAAGGGGUGAUUCACGAAAUAAAAAAACGUUUUUAACGUUAAAAAACCAAAAAGUGAUUCACGAACGGUAUUUUCGAGCGGAGCGAGUGUAAACCGCAAGCUUCCGCGUAAGCGGCACUAUCUACCGCUUCAGCGGCCACGUGGAUGCCGUGGCGAAAACUUAAAAAAAACUGUAAACCAAGUUUUUGCCACGUCAUAGUUAUCCACGUGGCCGCUGAAGCGGUAGAUAGUGCCGCUUACGCGGAAGCUUGCGGUUUACACUCGCUCCGCUCGAAGGUGAUUCACGAAAUAAAAAAACCUUUUAUAACGUUAAAAAAACCAAAAAAGUGAUUCACAAACGGUAUUUUUAUUCAUUUUUUCACCAUUUUCUUAACACACUGAAUAAAGUGAAGCUAAAACGCAUUUUAGUGUCCAGAACUGCUAUUUCAAGACCAAAAAACUAAAAAAAAAAAUUUCGCAAUUUUUCGAAAUUUUUUUUUUUUUUGGGAUAUGUGAGGCUUGAUUUGUCAUUUAGGCUGAUUAGAAGGUCUUGAAAUAGCAUUUCUGGACACUAAAAUGCGUUUUAGCUUCACUUUAUUCAAUGUGUGGUAAAAAAUGGUGAAAAAAUCAAUAAAAAUACCGUUCGUGAAUCACUUUUUUGGUUUUUUAACGUUAAAAAAACUUUUUUUUUUAAUUUCGUGAAUCAAUUUUUCCAUUAGAGACAAUGGAAAAUUGAGAGAGCGCAGAGAACAAAAUUAAAUUUUCGAGCAAAAUUACAAAAUAACUGAUUGUGUCCUAACCUUCGAGCGGAGCGAGUGUAAACCGCAAGCUUCCGCGUAAGCGGCACUAUCUACCGCUUCAGCGGCCACGUGGAUAACUAUGACGUGGCAAAAACUCAAAAAAAAACUGUAAACCACGUUUUUGCCACGUCAUAGUUAUCCACGUGGCCGCUGAAGCGGAAGCUUGCGGUUGGGACUCCUAACCUUCGAGCGGAGCGAGUGUAAACCGCAAGCUUCCGCGUAAGCGGCACUAUCUACCGCUUCAGCGGCCACGCGGAUAACUAUGACGUGGCAAAAUUCUUCCAGCUAACCGUCGGCUUAACUCAUAUCAUGACAAUGACCUUCAUCUUGGGAAUAAUCUCCGACAAAUUACCAAAAACCGAGCAAAUUCCACUUCUCGGAAAAUACAUCAUCUUCGGGUUAUGCACAAUGAUUGUGGCGUUGACAUUUUCAACGUAUCUCAAGAAAAUAUCCGGAUAUUUUUCGGAAAAAUUGCGAGAAUCUAGGAGCGAUUUUAGGUAAGAAACGAACCAGAAGCUCUGAAAUUUUCAGCCAAAACCAAUAAGAUUUUCAGCCAAAAACUACGUCGAUUUAUCGGUUCCCCACUUCGUAUCAUUUGUAUCUUCAUAUUCCAAGCAAUCAAUGUUCUAUCGGUGAUUUAUCUCUUGUAUCGCUAUGCUAUUUUUGAAAAUCAAUUCGGGUCCAGUGAGAAAUGUACAGUGAAGCCCAAAACUAUGGAUUUAUCGGGGGCUUUGAGCUAA